UUGACUUGCUUCGGCAUGAAUGUCAUAAAGGAGGACUUGGUGGAUUCACAAGUUGAUGAGCAUGUUAUAUAUACGCCUCGGACUCUGCUAAGAGAGGGACAAGUAACGGUGAGAGCAGAAUUUUGUUCGGUGCCUCGUCUCAUUCUGGUUCUAUCUCGAGACCAACUUCUAGAUAAGACCAUCACAAUGUCCUGGUUUCUGAUAGCAUUCUUGUUCCUAAGUUUUGCAUUUAGUUUCUCCGAAGCCACCCAAGAGAAGAAGCUUCCUUCCACCGUAGUCGUCGGGACGGUCUACUGUGACACAUGCUUCAUGCAACGGUUCUCGAAGGCCAGCCACUUCAUUCCAGGUGCAUCUGUGGUGGUCGAAUGCAAAGAUGGAGGCGCCAAACCGAGCUUUCGCAAAGAAGCGAAGACUGACGAGCAUGGGGAGUUCAAAGUCUACUUGCCCUUCUCCGUCGGUAAGCACGUGAGAAGAAUCAAGGGUUGCUCUGUGAAGUUGAGCAGCAGCGAGCCAAACUGCGCCGUGGCCUCCGCAGUAACCUCUUCGUCCCUCGAUUUCAAAAUGAGAAAGGAUGGAGACCAAGUGUUCUCUGCCGGGUUCUUCACGUUCAAGCCCCGGCAACGACCCAACCUGUGCAGCAAAAAGCCGAGCUCAGAGUUCGGCUCCGAGAAAAUCUUGAAGUUUCCUGCUCCUAGUUAUGAUCCGACGUUCCCCCCUCCACUUAAAGACCCCGCCACACCAGACCUCCCAACGGUGAUUAAUCCGGUGCCUUCGAUCCCGCUGCUUCCCCAGCUUCCGCCGCUGCUGCAACUCCCUCCUCUCCCUCCUCUUCUUGGGCUCCCACAACUGCCCCCAAUUUUCGGGACAUCUUCCAACACCAAACCUGGCGACGACAGUUCCAAACCCGUCCCGUCACUUGAUCAAGAGAAGAGUCCACCGGAGCUCUUUGUUGCUUCUAAUUUGACAGCGAACCCAUUCCAGCCGGACCCCGUCCUGCCACCAAACCCACUCCAGCCACCAUCAGAGCAUGUGAUCCCUCUUCCGCAAAUUCCAGGACUACUAACCCCUGCGCCAUCCUUCCCGGCUCCCCUUCCUCAAAUUCCAAUCCAGCCUUCGCCCGGCUUACCAGGAUUCCCGCCUGCUUCGUCUCUUCCGACAAAGACUACUCCUUGAUGGAGCACGUAGCACAUAAGCAUAUGCCCAUGUGAAGCUCUCUCUUGGAGAGAUUAUAUGCACCAUGUUGUGUCUCGUUCGUUUUCUUUCAUGGAGGAUUCGGAUCGGAUGCUGUAGGGGAAAAUUUGUUGGUUGCUUUUUCCUUGUCAAUAACAUGGCUAUGGAGGGACCUUAAGAAUAUAUUGUAACCUGCGAAUAAUAAUGCUGAAAAAUAGCUUCCAUUGGUACAAGCUGCAGCAUCCUGCGAGUGAAUGUCCGUCCUUGUUUUAUUGCAACAAUAAUGUGCAUUUAGCAGAAUAAUAAUGUUAUUCCGUUUGCCGAA